AUGAAAGAACUUGAGAAAGAAGAUGUCAAAGGCUUCCGUAACUUCCUUCGGAUGGAUUACGAGUUAUACCAAGAAAUUCUACAACGCAUAGAGGGUCGAAUCACCAAACAAGAUACUUCAUGCAGAAAGUCUCUAUCACCAGGCUUGAAGUUGGCAAUUACGUUGCGUUACCUUUCUGCAGGCGACAGCUACCAGUCCCUGAUGUAUGGUUUCCGGGUAGCGCACAGCACCAUUUCCAAGUUUAUACGUGAAGUUUGUGAAGCCAUUAUUGCUGAAUUUGCAGAGGAGCUUAUCCCCUGCCCUACUACAACCGACGAAUGGAAGGACAUUGCCAAACAUUUCUCUGACAAAUGGCAAUUUCACCAUUGUCUCGGUGCCCUGGACGGGAAACAUAUCGCCAUUAAAUGCCCCAAGGGAGGAGGAUCGAUGUACUAUAACUACAAAGGGUUCCAUUCCAUCAUAUUAAUGGCACUGGUGGACGGUGAUUACAAGUUCACUUGGGUGGAAGUAGGAAGUCACGAAUCUGCCGGUGAUGCCCAAGUUUUCAACAACAGUGAACUGAAGGAAGCCAUAGAUAAGGGGGUCCUCCAUUUUCCACCGUCUGAUCCCCUUCCAGAUGACGACACAAAAAUGCCGUAUUUCAUAGCUGGAGACGACGCUUUUGCCUUAAGGUCAUGGCUGAUGAAACCCUUCUUGCAGAGGCAGAUGGAUAACACCCAGAGGAUAUUCAACUACAGAUUGUCGAGGGCUCGUUGCAUUGUUGAAAACGCAUUCAGCAUAUUAGUCCAUCGUUUCCGUUGUUUAUUGACAACGAUGCAGGAACCGGAUACUGUGGCGUCCAUCGUCUUGACGUGUGUGUGUCUGCACAACCUCCUAAGAAAGAGAUCGCCGAAGCAGCAUCGUAGGGACGCAGAUGAAGAGGACUCCAAUCACAACGUCAUCCCAGGAGCCUGA